GCGACGGCCCACCAGGUCACUUUGCCGCGAAGGGGUCUCCAGGUGAAGCUGGGGCUAGAAGCUUCUUUGCGACGAAAGGGGUGCCCGGCAAGGGACAGCAGGCGCAAGCGCAGCAAGACAGUGGUGUCGUGGCCGGCAAGUCUGGUACCAAAGGGCCGCGUGGCAAAGGCUCGGCUCAAGAUGCCGGCCACGUUCCCGAACCAGGCGACGGCCCACCAGGUCACUUUGCCGCGAAGGGGCCUCCAGGUGAAGCUGGGGCUAGAAGCUUCUUUGCGACGAAAGGGGCGCCUGGCAAGGGACAGGCGCAGGAUUCUGGCGCAGGUGUCGGGCCCGGCAAGUCCGGUGCGAAAGGGCAAAGUGGCAAAGGCUCCGCUCAAGAUGCCGGCCACGUUCCCGAACCAGGCGACGGCCCACCAGGUCACUUUGCCGCGAAGGGGCCUCCAGGUGAAGCUGGGGCCCGAAGCUUCUUUGCGACGAAGGGAGCUCCCGGGAAGGGGCAAGCGCAGGACAGCGGCAAGUCUUGGCCACAAGGAAAUCUUGGCCGGAGCCAACACGACCAGCAUCAAGUUCAAGUGCAAGAGGAAGAUUGGAAUGGGGAUCCGACAAGCGGAUCGGCGUCGCGUUCAGGGAGCGUCGAGUCCUAUACCGCAGUGUUGAGACGCUCGAAUGAGAACGAGAAGUGGGGCUUCUUGUGGGAUCGAGAGGCCUUGCAGGUCAGGGGCCGGCGUGUCGUUCGUGAAGGCAUUGCAGCGCCCAACAGCCCCUGGGCGAUGUGGAAUCAGCAGAACCCGAAAAAGGCUGCGCUCCCGGGCGAUGAGCUGAUUCAGGUCAACUCGGCAGCCCGAACGCCGGACGACAUCGCCAGCCAGCUGAAGGGUACGUUUGCCAUCUGCGAGUUCCACCGCGAGCCAACGCGUGCUCCGAAGGCUGCAGCGCAGGCCAUGUCGACGUUUUCUGGGAGGGCUACAGCGCAGCAGGGAGCCGUCGCGGCAGCGAAGGGUCCUUUGUCAGCUGCGGUUGCCAAAGCAAGUGGGUCCUUUGGAUCUCCUGCGGAGUCUCCAAGGGGGCCUGCGCCUGGAGUUGCCGGCCCUGGCCCAGGCCCCGCACCCUGCGCCAAGAGGCAGGGCGCCGUUGCAGCAGCGAAGGGUCCUUUGUCAGCUGCGGUUGCCAAAGCAAGUGGGUCCUUUGGAUCUCUUGCGGAGUCUCCAAGGGGGCCUGCGCCUGGAGUUGCCGGCCCUGGCCCAGGCCCUGCACCCUGCGCCAAGAGGCAGGGCGCCGUUGCAGCAGCGAAGGGUCCUUUGUCAGCUGCGGUUGCCAAAGCAAGUGGGUCCUUUGGAUCUCCUGCGGAGUCUCCAAGAGGGCCUGCGCCUGGAGUUGCCGGCCCUGGCCCAGGCCCCGCACCCUGCGCCAAGAGGCAGGCGAUUGAGGGCGCACCCACGCCGCCCGCACCUCCAGGGCCACCCGGGCCACCUGGGCCCCCAGGUGAGCCAGAGACAAGCCUGGCGGCAAUCGAAAGAAGGCUGUUCGCAGGCAAAGGUGGUCCCAUGGCCAUGACGCCCAAGUAUGGCAGCAGCCUCAACUACUUGGUGGCGACGGUGAUCGUGUUUGAUCAGACGGAGAAGCACGUCCAUGCACAAGUACUCCAAGCACGGCAAGCACCUCGCGCAGCACCUGCAUCUUGCCGGAAAUGGCAGCGCGAGUCGGAGGUAGCUGCAGUGACCAGCUCCGAGCUCACCGAGCGCGCGAAAUGGCACCACUGCUUGGCCCGGGCUUUUGAAGCUGGCAAGAACGCCGCUCCAUUUUUGUGGAUCACAGAUGCGACUCACAUGGACGCGUGUGUGUUGAGCGUGGAUCAGUUCCUCUACAAAGAUGGAGUGUAUGCUUUUUCUGCCGAACGCGUCGAGUCCGCCAAGACGGCGUGCUUUGAGAGGCUGAAGGUUUUGGUCCAGAAUGGCCAGUGCAGGAGGAUCAUAUGCACUUGUGGAUGCCCAGGCGCUGGCAAGAGCACCUGGAUAGCCGCACACGGCCGAGCAGAGUCGGCCGUGUUCUUUGAUGACUUGCUGUACACACCCAGACAUCGCAUGCAGUUCCUUGAGAACUUGAGCAAGUACGAGAUUGAGGAGAGAGACUUCGAAGCAGCGCUUGCUUCCAACUUGGCACGCUCAGCAGAUCGACAGGUGCCGCUUGAGGCCAUGCACAAGUAUCGCGACAGCUACAUCAGACCCGGUGAGGGCGAAGGAUUUUGCAGAGUGCGAGUUUUCAGAAAUUCGUAUGCAGACGAAACAGGGCUCGGAGGUUUCACCCUCGAGCUGGACUGGACGGAUCCGGAAGCGCCAUCUCAGGAGAGAGGA